GAUACCCUAACCCCAACCCUAAACAUGGAGUCGCCCACGAAAAUGACGCUGGAGUCCCUGGUAGCGCACACAGAGUCGCCAAUUGCCUUUAGAGCAUCCCGUGCUCUCAACGCUAUCAACCUGCUACCGGCGGAAAUGCGCCAUGGGCUGGGAUCUGACAAGUCGUUUGAGGAGAACCUGCAGCAGCUGACGAAUCAGCGAUCAACACUGCCAGACAAGGACCCGCUGCUGUCUCGUCUAGACGACGCCAUCAUUCCUCUGGUGGAGAUUCAGCGAGGAAUGUUCGGAGGCGGCCCUUACGAUAUCUCCAGCGAGCCUGCGCCCCCGUCCCCGUCGCCGCUGCCAGCGCAGAGCUUGCUCCUUGACCUGAAGGAGAGUAACCUGAUCCACGAGGUCUCCGCGCUGCUCGGGGUGCCCUACUUGUCUGAGGCUCCCAGCAUAGAACCAGUCAAGCAAGUCGAGGGCAUCCUCUGGGGUCCAGCGAACCGGCCACUCGUCUGCAUGCCGGCGCAGAUACGUGGCAAUAUCAUCAACGUGUUCCUGCUGGUCGACACUGGCGCACCUGUCACAGAGUUCAGCCCGAGCGUGUUCACUGCACUCGGUUGUGACUCUGUGCCCAUGGCCGCCAUGGUGAACCUCGGCGGCUGCCGCCGCACGCAAGUGCGGCUUUGCGACCAGGGUGAGCACAGCAAUCACCGGGAUAUCCCCAUUCUCGGGGCGGACUUCAUGAAGCGCAACAAGUGCCUGCUCCAGGUGGACUACCUCAACGAGAUGGUGACUAUCUGCUUCCAAUAG